AUGGAGAAGUACUUGAUAGAUUUCGUGACGGGAAGGGAGACCGAGUUGAGGAGAAGUAAAAGAAAGGCUGCGAAAAAGAGGAGAACGUUGACGAAGCGUAGCAUGGCAGUCGAAUACAAUUCCUUGUCGUUAUUUGCGUUAUUGUCUGAUGCUCAGAAUCGCCGCCAACGACGACAAAAAAGAGAGGCACAAAACUACUUCAUAAUGUCUGAGAACGUUGAGAACAAGCCCGCCGAGACUGUUGCCCCCGUCGUUGAUGAGACUAAGGCUACUGAGACCCCCGCUCCCGUUGUUGAGGAGACCCCCAAAGAAGAGACCACUGCUGCCGCCACCACUGACGACAAGGCUGCUACUACUGAAGAAGCAAAGACUGAGGAAAAGGCUGGUGAAGAUGCCGCUGGAAAGGAGGCUAAGGCCAAGACUGGCUUCCUCGCAAAGAUUUUCGGAGGCGGUAAGACCGCCGAGAAGAAGGCGCCGAAGGAGGCCACCACUGAGGAGGCUCCAAAGGAAGUCGCUACUGAAGCCCCAGCUGCUGCUGAGGAGGUGAAGGAGACCCCUGCCACCACUGAGCCAGUCAAGGAGACCGAGGCCCCGGUCUCUGCUGCUCCCGCCGCUGCCGAAACUGAGACACCUGCUGCCACCACUUCCUCUGACGAGAAGAAGAAGAAGGACUCCGCAAAGAUCGGCCGCCGUCUCUCCACCAGAAUCUCGGAUCUCUUUGCUGCUAAGCCCAAGGAGCCCAAACCGGAAGCAGCGGCAGUCGCUGAGGAGGCUCCCAAGAUUGAGGAGCCAGCUCCCGUUGCACCUCUUGCCGUGGAAGAGACAAAGAAGGAUGAGACCCCCGCUCCGGUUGCUGCCGCUGC